AUGCCACCAGAAGCCCUAAACCAGACCCCAAGCUACACACACAAGCUUGACUGCUUCUCACUCGGGGUGCUUGCCAUUCAGAUUGUCACACGCAAGUUUCCCACUCCGACAGAGAGAUUUGAGUCUAUUCCCAGCUCUCAGUCCCCUGCAGGAUUCGUACUACAACCAGUGUCCGAAGAGAAACGCCGGUCGUCCCACAUAUCAAUGAUUGAGGAGUCGCACCCUUUUCUACCGCUAAUUGGUCAGUGUCUCUCCUACAAAGAGCAGGACAGGCCGUUGGCCCUUGGUAUUUGCCGGAGAAUGGCCAAGUUGAAAGACUCUGAGCUCUACAAGAAAGGCAUUGAACUACCACCCAUUUGUAGUACUAGCUCAGUAACACAGCUUAAUGGUAAGGAUCAGCCCACUAAAACAAACCAAGAUUUAACAAACACAAAUGAUGACCCGCUACAAAAUAAACUGUAUGAGAUGGAAAGGAAGCUAAAAGAAACAGAGAAAUUGCUCCAGGAGAGCAGGGAUGCCACUGCUAAGGAGCUGAAACAGAAAGAGGUGGAGAUGAAAGUCGUGAGAGAAAAGUUUGUCGCGAUUCAGAGAGAGUUGGAGAGUCUUGCCCUGCCUCAAGAACCUGGGAAAGGUGAAGUAGCGUCGACAGAAGAAAAGAGCGAACAAACCAUUGUUGUGUCUUCCAGUGCAUCAAAACAGGAUUCCACACUCUCACUCGAUUGGCAAACUGUUGGAGUCGCCCCGCAGGAAUUCACUCGAGGAGCAGCAGUCGUCCUUGGGGACUUGGUCUACUGCCACAGCAGCGGGAAGAAUUUUGUUUCGGAAUUUAACAUUUCAAGUGGUUCCUGGAGCAACCUUCCACGUUGCAGGUGCUCACACUUUAGUCUGGCUUGUGUUGGUGGUCGCCUCACUGCCAUUGGUGGGUAUGACUUCACCACGACCAAUAAACUCUUCACCUACUCCACGGAUGGACCAGGGAAGGGGAGCUGGGUUCAAGAGCUUAAACCAAUGCCCACGGCACGGUGUAACACAGUGUCGGUCUCCACCGAUACAACACUGGUAGUGGCUGGCGGAGACGAAUCGGGCUACAAUGACUAUCUGAGUGUGGUGGAGGCCAUGGAUAUAGCCAGCGGUAGGUGGAGUGAAGUUGCACGACUACCCCAGCCCUGUCUGAACCUCUCAGCAACACUCUUUGGUGACCAGCUAUACGUCACCGGUGGAAUCGCACCCAGAGGGAACUCUGGGACAUACUCUUGUUCCCUGAGCAAUCUUCUCUCUCCGCCAGCCCGUGGGCUACGAUUGAGAGCUCUCACGCAGCCAAGGAAGACAGUCUGGCAGGAGAUAGGCAGUCCCCCCACGUCUAAGACAACUCUGGUCACGCUCUGUGGUGAAAUCCUGGCAAUCGGAGGUCUAAACGAGCAGCGAAAGCCUGUGACUGGUGUGUACAGGUAUGAUGUAGAGACUGGUGGGUGGCACAAGUUGAGUGAUCUCAUUUUGCCUCGGAGUCGGUGCAUUGCCGCCGUGUUUGAAGGGGGGAUCAUCUGUAUUGGGGGUCAGGGGGAGAACACCAUUGAAAUAGCAUCACCUGCCUGA